UAUAUACAUACCACACACGUCAUCGAUAUUGCUGUCUGCGAGAGAAAUUAGUCGAAAAAACACUUUGUUUAGUUUAAUCAAGAAAAUGAGUGUAUCUGUCACUCGCACAAUUCCUAAGAAAAAUGAUGCUAAUAAAGUUGCCAGACGGCAGCGAGUUUAUGACUACUUGUAUGAUCCAAUUCACACACUGUCAUCGGAGGUAGACCAUGCCAAGUCUAGUCUCAAGGCCUAUGCGUCUAAGGACCGAGUAAGAAAAGUGCCAGUGUUUGGGUCCAUGUUCAGCAACCUGCCCCACCACCCACGGUAUACUCUUCAGCUGGACCUUGUAGACCCAGUCCCGGCCUCUAUUGAUCGUUGCUGGCGAGGCCACAUAGAACAGCGCAAAGAGGCACUGCAGCAGUUGGCUGGGGUUAUUCCAAAUACUCAGCCGUGGCUGAAAAGGGAGGAGUGUCAUGUGACCGGAGCUGACCGCUGGAAAUACUUUAAACGCCCCCUAAUUCCAUUUGCACAGCAGAUUCCCCCGGAUGUGAUUUUUGCUUUUCCCAAGGAAGACUUUGAAUCCACUGGUGGAAAGAAUGCUGAGCAACUGCCCACCCACUUCACUGUGGGGGUCCAGACAGACUACAGGGAGAGUGAAACACAAACAGACCCGUACAGCCCUGAGUAUGUGGUACAGCCUGGGACGACUCCCUCAGAGCUCCUGACACUGGCAGCUUUGACUUGGGGUCGGGGUCUGCCUGCAGGCCUAGCAGAAGUGGAAAUGAUAGAGCGGGCACGUGCCAAACAGGUUUGGGAGGCCACCCUUCCUCCGCUGGAUGACCUGAGUCAGUUGGACAAAAGGAGGCGUAUGAUGGAGGAGAUGGAGGCCAAAGAGUGGGCUUUCAGAGAAGGAGAAAUCCAGAAGUUGCAAGAGACUCGUCUUGCUGUGCUGACAGACCUGCUGAGGCAGAGAGACGAGGCCCAGAAAGAAGUCACAAACAAGAGACUGAACCAGAUAUAUUCUAAGCUCCAAAAAGACAAGGAGACCAAGCUACACAAGAUCCACAAUGACUACGUGAGGUCACUGAGAAAACUGGAAGCUAAAAGGAGAAAUGAGAUGGGGAAGAUAGAGCGACUUGGCGUUGUCAAAGACUAUACAUACUACUCUUCUCAGAAAUAUGCUCCUCGGACCCGCACGGAUACUUUCAGCAACAGGAACACACUCAAUAAUGAGUUAAAAAGCCACUACUUGGACACAUACGAAGGCUUGCUAGAGCUAGAGGCAGGACUCUCUGCCUCAGUCCGCAAGCCAUGGGUGAAAAGCAACAAACCCAAAGUCAACACCAUCAAGGAUGUAGAGAAGCCCGCUGAGAGAAGAGAGAUAGAACUGAUGAAGAAAUACAGGGCCCUGAGAAAGGAGAAUGAGCAACUGACAGAGAAGUCCUCGCGUUUCCUUGUCAAGAAGGAGAAGCCUGUUCCUCGUCCUGCUACUCCCAAAGUGGAGGAGCCACCGGAGGGGGAUGAGGAGAUCGAGCUUGCAUCCAUCCAUUUGCAGAAACUACUGAGAGGAAGAAGUUUUCAAUACGAGGUGUUUAACGACAAGGAGAACCAUCUGGAGCUCAUCCAGGAACUGAGGACCAUUCACGCCCUGCAGAGGGAGGAGCAGGAGCUACAGAAAACUAACAAAAAUCUUGUAAUGACCCUGAAAAAACAGAGAGACAAACAUAGACAGAAGACCUCUCAAGAGGAGGCCUCUCAGGCCAGAAAGGUAGAUGGAGAGCUUGAGCACCUGUUCGACACCUUGUCCAAGGAGCUGAUUCGUCUCCAGGAAGAGCGCAGGAUUCACGCCUUUACACUACUGGCUGAGAGAGGCCGUCGCCUCCGUGAGGCUGAGGAGAGUGGAAGGAGACAGGUGGAGGAGCGCAGACGCAGAGAAGAAGAUGAUAUCUUCAAACAAGUGGUGCAGGUACACCAGGAAACUGUGGAUUUGUAUUUGGAGGACAUCAUCCUGGGGACCUUGGAGAGGACAGCUGACCAGCAGGCCAGAGAGGAGAUCCGCAGGAUGGCGAAGGAGGUCAACGACAUCGCUUACGCCAUGGAGGAAAGUCGGAACAAUCUUCAGUCGGAGGAGAUUGUGUCAGAGUUAGUGUACAGUUUCCUCAUCCCAGAAGUUGAGAAGAUCAGUGUCAGGCAAAGAGUGCACCAGAGGCAGCACAGACACUUGCGGGCAGCUCAUAGUAUCAUUCAGGGGACAGCAGAGCCACCUAGGAACCUUCCUAGUACACCGGGGGCCUCUCAGUCGACCUGUCCCUCUGAAAGAGCCUCCAACAAAAUCCUGGAGGAGACGAUCGGCCAAGUGGAGCAAGAGCAGGGAAAGGAAGCAGAGUAGCACCAAACUUCUCAAACUUAGAAAAGAGAGGGCUAGAAAUUCAAACUGUACUGAGGUGCAAUUCUGAUGUCUGAAUUUGUUGUUCACUCGUAUUAUUAAAGUAUAAGUUUCAUCAUCA